UUCAAUUUUUCAGAAAGCUUUUCAAAGUAUAAUGUAGAGCAGUUGAUUCAUUGAAUACAGGACCAAAGACUAGAAAGGAUGGUGAUAAACUACGGUUAAAAUGGCAUUUUUCCUCGGAGAGGAGAGUAUAAUGGCGGAGUUGGUUGGAGCUGUUACCAAGGUUACAACAGGAUUCUUAGAAGUUAACGCAAUCUCUAUAGAUAACUGGGGAUUUAAACUAUUCUACAAGUGGACUACAAGUCUUCUAGUCUUUUGCAGUGUUCUAGUCACAGCCAGACAAUUCUUCGGUAGUCCGAUCCAGUGUGAUGCGGGGGCGGCUAGAGGGGGUAUUGAGCAGAAUGUACUUGAAAGCUAUUGCUGGAUGUACUCGACCUUCAAUAUACCACGUGAGUACAAAGGAGCGUGCUCUGCUGGAGAUCAGGAUACAAAUCUCAACACCAUAGUGUACAACUCCUACUACCAAUGGGUUCCACUUUUUCUCAUAUUUUUGGCAGUUAUCUUUUACCUUCCCAGGUGUCUCUGGCUGCUCUGGGAGGGAGGACUCAUGAAGUUCUUUGGAAAGGGAACUACAACAAGGUUUAUUGAAGACCAGGAUGAGAAAAGGGAGAAACUGGUUCAAUUCUUCUGCAGAAAUAUCCACAACAAGUACAACAUCUACUUUUGCGGGUUCAUUUUCUGUGAGUUUCUGAAUUUCAUCAUUGUUAUUUUUCAGUUCUACCUAACACACAGGUUUUUGCACAGUCGGUAUAUAGACUACGGGUUCAAGGUUUGGCAGUACUAUCUACUACCUCCUGAGGAACAACAGAUGCCUGGUGUUAUUAACCCUAUGUGUUAUACCUUCCCUAGGAUAGCUUCUUGUGACUACUGGAGAUGGGGUACAGGUGGACAGCAGGAGUCCAUUAAUGCGAUCUGUAUACUUGCGCUUAAUAUCAUUAAUGAUAAGGUAUUCCUAGUGCUGUGGUGGUGGUUCAUAUUUGUUUCAAUUAUCUCAUUCAUAAGGCUAAUCUACCGAGGUAUACAGUGUAGGUAAAUAUAUUCUAUAUAUUCC